GGUGGCCACAGCGACUGGGCGGGGGGGGAGACGCGGGCCUCGUCUCGUUGUCUCCGAGCCCCCGGGCCGCGGUUCUGGCCGUGCGGGGAUCGCGGCCAUGCGAGGAGGCGAGAGCCGGCAUCCUCCAUCCUCGCCUCCAUCCUCGCCUCCUCCAUCUUCCCCUACUCCCACAGCGUCUCCAUCGUCUCGCCGCCCAUCGCCCUCGUGGUGUUCGCGUUUAGCGGGCGCGGGGAGGAGGUGGAGGAGGUGGCCCUGCGCUGCGUGACCACGGCCCCGCACCCCGUCCAGAGCCAUGUUUGCCGCCCUGGAGCAGUCCCCAGUGCUCUACAGCGACUCGAACCUGCUGUGCGCAUCAUGGAAGGGUCGCGUGCCGCACAGCGAGCGAGAGCGGCCCGUGUGCCGGCGCCGAUGCUACCAGGAAGGCUGGCUCGCGCUGGGCAAUGCGCACGGUGUGGUGGGCGUCACCUUCUGCAGCUCUCACUGCCGGCGCGAGCGUCCCACCCCGCAGCGCGUCAACUUCAACCUGCGAGGCCACAACAGCGAGGUUGUGCUUGUGCGCUGGAACGAGCCAUACCAGAAGCUGGCGACAUGCGACGCGGAUGGAGGCAUCUUCGUGUGGAUCCUGUAUGAGGGGCGCUGGUCUGUCGAGCUCGUGAAUGACCGCGGGGCCCAGGUGAGCGACUUCACAUGGAGUCACGACGGCACGCAGGCGCUCAUCUCGUACCGCGACGGCUUCGUGCUCGUGGGCUCCGUGAGCGGCCAGCGCCACUGGUCCUCGGAGAUCAGCCUGGAUGACAGCCACAUCCUGUGCGGGGUGUGGACCCCCGACGACCAACAGGUGCUAUUUGGGACGUCAGACGGGCAGGUGAUUGCCAUGGACUGCCAUGGGCGCAUGUUGGCGCAGGUGGUGCUGCACGAGUUUGACAGCGUUCAGGCACUCACCUGGAACUGCCCGGACUUCCUGGUGGAGGACUCAAGCGAGAGCGAGUCCGACGGGGACGAGGGCACCACGCUCGCUCAGGACGGGCCAUCGGGCGAGUGGAGCGCCCCCCUGCAGGGCCCACGCACACUGCUCACCGUCAUGUUCGGCUCGGGUGACGUGGGCCUCAUGAACAACUAUGACGACAUGACGCCCACACUCGUCAAGACCGCCCUCAAAGACGUGACGGCGCAGUGGAACUCGGCGGGGGACAUCCUGGCCGUGGCCGGGCAGGAGAAGCAGCCCAGCCAGGGGCUCCCCGCCGAGCCGCCGGGGCUCUUCUCGCUCUCACGGAGCCACGCCGUCAAGUUCUACAAUGCGGCUGGGUUCCUCAUCUACACGUUGGACGUGGCCACGCAGCACCCCAUUUCGUCUCUGUGCUGGGGCCACCGCGACACGCGCCUCUUCGUGACGGCGGGGCCGGCGCUGCAGGUGGCGCGCGUGGAGGUGGGCGUCGCCACGCUGCAGCUGCUGUGCCAGCAGGUGCUGGCGGCCGCCCUGCGUGACGAUAAGGCCGUCGCCAAGUUGGCGCUGCCGUCGCGCCUCGCCGGGUACCUGCUCUCCGCCUUCACGCCCACCAUCAAGCCCCCGAUCCCAGACCCCAGCAACCUACGUGACUUUGUGAGCUACCCGCCGGGUGGCAAGGAGCGCCUGCACUGCACGAUCCGCCGUGUGGACGAAGACCCCGAGGGCGGUGGACCCUCCUACGUGCUCUUCCUGGAGCACCUGGGCGGCCUCGUGCCCAUCCUCAAGGGCCGACGCGUCAGCAAGCUGCGGCCCGAGUUUGUCAUACUCGACCCCAAGACCGACGGGCGGCUCGAUGAGGUGGGUGUUUGCGGUGCUGCCUGCUCCGUGUUCGACAGCUGCAACUGCUCGGACGCAAGCGACAUUGAGCUGGGCGAGGAGGCCCUCGCUCGCAAGUCGCCCAAGACCUCGCGGGCGAGCCGCUCACCCCGCCUCCCAAGGAUAAACAUGGAGUCGCGGCGCUCACCUAAGCUGACACGGUGCAGCCAGGAGGGCGCCAAAUCCCCGCGCCUUCCCAUCCGCAAGCCCUCGCUGGGGUCGCCGAGCCUGGGCCGCCGUGAUCUCUACCUGGACGACGGCCUUCAGCACAACUACUUGGCUCAAGUGACGUCCAACAUCUGGGGAACCAAGUUCAAGAUCGUGGGGCUCGCCCCCUUCCUUCCGGCCAACCUGGGCGCCGUGAUCUACAAGACGAGCCUACUACACCUGCAGCCUCGCCAGAUGACCAUCUACCUGCCGGAGGUGCGCAAGCAGACCCAGGGCUAUGUGUCGGUGGCGGCCUUCACGCCGGGGGUCUUUAGCGAUGAUGAGGACGAGGGCGCAGUGGCCGGGGCCUCAGGCCAGCGUGAGCCAAGUCCUCCGUGCUCCAUGAACAUCCCCAUCGCCCCCAUCUUCAGCUCGGCCCAGUCGAUCUCUCCCACGCAGAACAUCGGCUUGGCACAGAGCCUGCUUGCCAAUCAGAAUGUGCAGCUCGACAUCCUGACCAGCCAGAGGCCGGGCCAGCCUGCGGCCUCCAACCACAGUCCACAGCAGCUGGAAGUCCCGACCAAUCAGCGGCUGUCUCAGGUGGCUCAGAAUGUGCAGUACGACGCCCUGGGUGGCCAGAGACUAGCGCAGCAGAAUCUGUCCAAUCAUAAUGCGCAGGUCGAUUACACGCUGGCCAAUCAGAGGGUGGCCCAGGCGGUGCUCGGGGGUCAGUUCCCGCACAUGGACGUGCUGGCCAAUCAGAAGGCGGCGCACGCGCACAUGGUGAACCAGUCGGUGCCGGGAGAGAAGCUCACCAACCAGAGGGCGGUGCAGACAGUUCUGGCCAACCAAAACACCCAGCUGGACAUUCUGGCCAAUCAGAGGGCCGCGGUGCAGGCCCAGUUGGCCAAUCAGAGCGCCCAGCGGGAGAUGCUGGCCAAUCCCCGCACGUCCAUCGGCGGGGCGAGCGGUCACGUGGGGCCACUCGACGUCAUCACCAACCAGGCGGCGGUGGCGGCUGCGGCGGUGGCCUCGGCGUCGGAGCGCGGCGAGGCGGAGCACUACAGCACACUGAAGCGCAACUCCAACCCCGCGCCAGGGCAGGCCAUCUUCGGGGGAGCGGACCACCCCGGCAGGACCAGUGGCUCGGCACCGGCGUAUGCCCAGCAGCCAGCUCCGCCUCCGCAUGUGCAGCACACGCCAUUCCCCAACCAGCAGAUGCUCCACCAGAUGCAGCUCACUGCCCAGGCCAUGCUGCAUAGCCAGCAGACGCAGUUCAACCAGCAGGCGCUCCACUCGCAGGCCGGCCAGCAGACAACGCACAUACAGCAGACGCAGUUCAUCCAGCUGACGGCAUACAGCCAGCAGGCCAUGCAGUCACACGUCCCGGCGGCGGCCUCGGCCUCGGCCCGGGAGAAGGAGACGGCCGCCAAGAGCGAGCUGCUGUCGCGGCAGUACCAGCAGCAGCAGCAGCUGUCAGAUCGCGAUGCGCUGGGCUUCACCAGCGACCACAACGUGGCCGUGGCUCACAUCCGCAAGGGAGGGGAGGCGCUGCGGCUGCCCUCUGCAGCCAGCGCCGCCACCACGUUCACUCCCCAGAGUCUGCAGGAUCAACAGCAGCAGCAGCAACAUGCGCAGCAGCAGCAUGCACAGCAGCAGCAGCAUGCACAGCAGCAGCAUUUACUACAGCACCAACAACAGCACUCACAACAGCAACCACAGCAGCAUCCACCCCAGCAACAGGUGCAGCAGCAGCAGCAGCAGCACCUUGUGCAGCCUCAGCAACAGCAGCAGCAACAACCCCAGCAGCAACAAAUGGCAGGGCUGGCCUGCACGUGCCCUCCGCUUGCCAGCUUGGGCUACGAGCGCAUCACCACGUUCGACAGCAGCGGCAAUGUCCAGGAGGUGUGCCGCCCCCGCGCCUCCACGGGGAGCACUUCUGGAGCGGGGGUCGCGGGGGUGCGCACCAGCCAGAGCAUGUACGGCCUGCGUAGCCCGGGGCCCGCUCCCAGCUCCCCGCAGUCCCCAUUCUCCCCGCAGGCCCCGCAGUCCCCGUUCUCCGCACAGCCGCCCACGCCUCCCUUCUCCUCCUCCCAGGCUCCCGUCUCUCCCUUUGGCCAAACGUCGCAGGCGCCCGCCCAGCCGACGGGGCUGGCGGCGGCGGCGCCAGUGGCGGCGGCGCACCCGAGCGUGGCCACGGCGCCACUGGCGCCGCCGCACCCGCCCGCCGUCGCCAGCUACCAGUCGGCGACGCUUGGCCACCAGCCUUCGGGGGUGUCCUACCAGCACGCCAAUGCCGCCUUCCAAGCCGCCGGCGCCGGAUACCAGGGGGGCAACGUCGCCGCCCUCCAUCAGGCUCAGUUCCACGAUGGCGGCAAGCAGCCGGUGGUGCCGCCACCACAGCAGCAGCCGGGGGUUAGCACGGUGAAAAGAGGGAGUGCGGAACUCGUGAAGUCGGGCAGCGAGAAGCCGGCAAUGGCGCCCGUAGCGUUUAACCUGCAGGGCCAGUCAGCGCAGUACGCGCGGGCCGCCAACCCAGUGCAGAGAGUCGCCUCCAACACGCUGCCCUCGAAAAGCUCGGGGCAGUCGGUGAGGCUGAGCGACGGCCAGAGAGUCACGGCGCAGGCGAAGGCUCCCAACGCGGCCUUCUCCGCAGAGACCUGCCCCUGUCAGCUGAGACCGCAGCAGGGGCAGCACGCUCAGGCCCAGCCGCAGCUGCAGCAGCAGCAGCAACAGAAGGGGGAGGGGUACCAGCAGCAGCAGCAGGCCAGACUGCCGGGAAACGGCGGCCAUCACGGUGCCUAUGUGGGGCAAAGUGCCGGUGCCACGGCUACCAAAACGAUGGAGCACUCGAGCACACGGCAAAUCCAGCAACAGAUUCAGCAGCACCAGAUUCACCAGCAGCAAAUACAAGCGCUGCAGCAGCAUAUCCAUCAGCAGCAGCAGCUGCAGCAGCUGCAUCAGCAGCAGCUGAAACAACAACAGCAGCAGCAUAUGCAUCAGCAGCAACAGCAACAGAUGCAGCAACAGCAAUUGCAACCGCAGCAGCAUCAGCUGAUGCAGCAAAUACAACAACAGAUUCAGCAACAACAGCAGACGCAGCAACAGCAGAUUCAACAACAGCAGACACAGCCACCACAAAUACAGCAGCAGCAACAACAGCCGCAGCAGCAGAAGCAGAGCACUGUGAUCGUGCACUCUGUGAGCAUCUCGCCACUGAGCUCACAGUCCUCGUACAGCUUGCUGAGCCCGGCCGACCCCUGCCGCGACCAGACCGAGUACGUGAACGGGGCGUUCUCUGAGGAUGACGCAUCUGAAAAAUCCUUUAAGAAAGAAAAUGCGGCCGCAGCAGCAACAGCAGUGGUGGCCAAAGCGGACCCGGGCCAUCACAAAGAGGCCGGCAAAGAAGGGAGUGUGGAGGCCAAGAAGCCGGCGGAGUGCCAGACGGAUGGACCAUCCGUGCCGAUCACCAGUUCCCCCAAACCAUCGGAGGGUCGCAGGGCCUCGUCGGGAGAGAUGCCUGCGGCCGCGCCCACCAAAGUUGCUCAGAGCUAUCGCGGAGCCACGAGAGAGAUGGGCACGGACACGCUGAAGAGAGAGGUCUCCAGCGUUCCGGCCUUACCGAAGUCCGCGCAAAUUCCCGGCCGAGACGGCGGCUCCGCGGUGAGCAAGCCCGCUCAGUGCUAUAGGGACGUGCAGACGCUGAACCCAUCGCGAGACCAGUGGCUGCAGCAGGGCGGCAGGGCCAAGUCUGUAGCCGGGCACUAUGGAACUAUGAUUCCGACGUCACACCAAGCGCAGGCCAAGCACGCCGGAAACUUUCUCCCGGCAGCGGUAGCUGCCGCAGCACAACGAUCCCAGAACAGCCCUCGCGGUGCGCUCAGCGGUGGCAAUGCCCAAUAUUAUGCCACCAUGAGACCCACCAACAUGGCCCGAUACCAGCACAACUACAGUGGUAGCGGCGGUGCCGCCACGCGCCACGCCGCCGUGCCCGUGGCCUACACCGGCAGAGACGCCAGCGGGCUGCCGGUGCAGUACGGUGAUGGCGUGACGGUGCCGCGGCAGGCGCUCGCCAUGAACUACCCGCCCACUGCCGCCGCGGCCGUAUGCCUCCCGGCGGCCGGCCACUACGCCACACUGCCUCGGCCCAACAUCUUGGUGACCGGAGAGCCACGGGCGAGCGUGAGCGUGCAGCCGUCAUACACGGACCUGGCGCAGCGUUACGCCACCAUUGCCCGGGCAGCGCAUGCCGGAGAGCGGGGACAGCCGGCGCCGCAUCAGCAGCAUCAUCCCCAUCAGCAGCAGCAUCAGCAGCAGCAGCAUCACCAAGGUUCUGCAGGGGCUGAUGCCGCGGCCGGCGGCACCAUCAUGGGCCUGGCAGGGGCCGAGGCCGUGUGCGGUGGGGCGCGGGUUCCCGACCCCAGCUACGGGGAGAUGAUGCCAGCGGAUUGUGCCAGCUCCUGCCGGGUUGACAAGCCAGGCGCACGCAAGGACACACGUCUGCUUACUGACCUCAACUCACUGCUCGCGAGUCCCAAGGCCGGCCGUGGGGACAAGAAGAAGGGUGGCGGAGGCAGCAGCAAGGGCCCGCUAGGCCGGGAGCCGCUGGCUGGCGCCGUCGCCAAGGCCCCGUCCAGCAAGAAGAUGCUGUCAAAGGGCGGCGGCGGUGGCAGCGGUGGCGGGGGCAGUGGCAGCCUGAGCGGGGGCGGCGGGGAGUUCCAGGACAGCUCGGAGAGCGAGCACGAGGUGGUGGUGAGCGGGGACGAGUUCACCUCGAGCCAGGGCCCCGCAUUCCGCAAGGGCUGGAAGGGCAAGCGGGGGGCACGGGGAGCGGGUGGCAUGGAGGCAGACGAGGCCAAAGGCCGGCGCAGCGACAGGGAGGACGGGGGCCGCCCGGCAGGAAGCGGCAGCGGGGCCGGGGUUGGCGGCGGAAGCGGCGGCGGUGGCGGCGGCGGUGGCACGCAGGGCUUCGUCUACGUCAUGGCCAACAAGCAGCCGCUGUGGAACGAGGCCACGCAGGUCUACCAGCUCGACUUCGGGGGCCGCGUCACCCAGGAGUCGGCCAAGAACUUCCAGAUCGAGCUCGACGGGAAACUGGUGAUGCAGUUCGGCAGGAUCGACGGGAACGCCUACAUCCUCGACUUCCAGUCCCCGUUCUCGGCCGUGCAGGCCUUUGCCGUGGCUCUGGCCAACGUCACCCAGCGCCUGAAGUGACCUCGAGCCUCCGCCGACACCGCGCUCUGACGGCCAUGACACCGAGCUGAGAACCCAAGGGAUGCGCGUGCAAAAGACUCUACGCUGCUGUUUAGCUCGAAGCCCGACCUGAAAGUUUGGAAGCAGCCAUGACGUUUGGAAAUCUGAGCAUUGGUCCGAUGGCCCAGGCUUUGUUAAAAAAUUUUAAGCAGAGCGCUCCUGCCGUGAACCGCGGAAGCCUUUGCGAUCGGCGAUCGGUGGUUGUUAUGUGGCGUUCAGACAGCGGAGCCGACUAGGCCCCCCCCGGGAUGAACAAGUCCGUAAAAAAAAAGUGUUUAUCUUGCUUACAUUUCCUCGGUGCUUAACGUGCUCCAAGCCGCGCGACCCCUCAGCGGGGGGGCCUAGCCGCACCGUGCGGCGAGAUGUAGCGUGUAGUUUGUUGCCGCAUGUCUCAUGUCGUCUCUUUAAUGAAAAUGUUAAAGUAUUUACAAGCAAACUGAGCGUCUCUCCACCGCCCUCUCGCCAAAUGGAGCCUGGCAGAGGCGGCCGUAAGGGACGAAGUUGUUGCAUUCGGUCGGUCAAGGCGCCUGCCGGGGCGGCGAGGGGGGUGAGACGUGGGAUCUGUUCCGUCGCCGAGCGGGGACCAAUCGCCGGGGCCCGGGUGGUGUGGCAACGUGGACGGGUGGCUCAUGCGAGGACGCCGUGCGUGGUGCGCAUGUCUCAUCCAAUCCGCGCCCUCCACAGCCGCGAACGUCGCACUCAGCUGGCGAGUCGAUUUCGGAGCUACUUCUGCAGUCGCGUACGGUCCUCAGCUUCUGCGGCAGAUCGUUUGUUUCCCCUGUGGCGCGUGCGAGUGUUGUGCUCGCGGGCUGCGUCCGCCUGCAGAGGAGCCCCGUUGUACGUCUCCAGGCACCCGACACGGUUGGUGAAUAAUGUUAAGGCGUCGUCGCUUUGCUCUCGCCAACAAUAUUAAGUAUUAUAUAUUCACAAGUGAAUGGCCAAGAGAACGAUGGCAGAGGGCGCAGUAUUCUAAAAUUUGGCACAGCACUGUGAGCACAUGUCGAGGCGUGGGUAGAUGGUGGAGAUGGAGACGGAAGGGUGUGGAUGUAGUCGUGGAUGUAGUCGUGGGAGAGAGGUUUAGCCUGAACUGCAACAGGGCGUUCAAACUAACGUGCGCGCUACCAAUGCGAUCACCAAAUGCUUAAAGGAAAAAACGAUGUCGCUGUAGACCCUAGGUGUGCGUCCAUUGUGUUCGUCCUUGCCAAAAGCCAGCAAGCCGCCAUGUUCCCAGCGUUCAUGAGCGGCAGUGGCAUCGUUAUACACAGCUCGAUGCCCGGCGGUAUCGCCACACGGGGCUCCAUGUCCAAGGUGCUUGCCUACGCGUGUUUCCUAUGGCGACUCCUAGCCAUGACCUCUAGCCGCCACCAUUAGCCGUGACCCCUAGCAGCGACCCCUAACUGCGACCCUUAGCCAUGACCACGUCCAUGGGAGUGGGAAUGCAAACGCCGACCCCUGACCAGGCAGGCACGGCAGUAGAGCUGGCCCCUGGAUUAACCAGGAGGCCUCUGUGCAAGCAUAGCGUCGGUCAUUCUUGGACAGGUCAGCCAGCGAUGUUUCUGCCCAGCUGCGCGGUAACAAUUAGAAUGCAAAAUCGGCUGAAGCACGACUUCGACCAAGAGCUCGUGGACGUGCGCAGUAUAACGCGGCACGUACCGCCAUGAGGAGGGCAUUCGUUGAGUACAGGCGCGGGGCGUCGGCGGCAGGUGCAGCCUUGUUGUGAUGAUGCGCUGUGUGGGACAUGGCCACGCAAGCCUGCUCAGUUCUGCAUCUCAUUCGAAGACACGGGUCCCGGACGGCCGCGGCGAGCAGGCAAGUGUGCGUGCAUUAUCAGUGCUGUGGAAAAACGGCAGCUUCGGCGGGGCCGAUGAUGGGAGCCGACCCCGUUGCUCGACUUGAAGUUGGCCCAGUCGCUUAAUUCAUUGCCAGACCUCGAGCUGUUGAACGGUGUUUGCGGACGUGAGCCUCUCGCGUUCCAGCAGUGGAUUGUUUCCAGUAUUCUGAACCUGCCUUCAUCGCGAACCACCCUCGCGGGGAUCGAUUUGUGUGAUGUUGACCGCUCGUGCGCGUCGGCCUCACCCGCCGCGUCAACCGCGCGUGGAGGCGCGCGCACUCCCAGCAACGGCGCGGUGGACCGCGUCGCACCUUGUGGAGCUUUCCGCAAGUCUCCUUCAGGCCAUAGCCACUAGGCCAGCAUGCGUUUCUAAUUCAAGCACGCGUCCCUCGGUAGGCCUGCUCUUUAGCUCAACGUCACAUUGUGCAGCCACCGCGGGAGUCAGCUGGCAGAUGCGGCGCUGUCCCCCGCACGCGAGCAUCGCGGACUGCCCUGGCUGCCUCGAGCCGUGGCCGGGAGCUUGGCGCUGCCCGUGCGUCGCGGCGCAACGCGGAGGCCCCGACGCGUUGCCGCGGCCUGGCGCAGCAAUCGCGAAGGAGGAGGACGGGGGGACGGCUCUCUUUGGUCCGCUGGCCGAGCGAGCUGAUCGCCGCGAGUGGGAAAAAUCGACUCCUGAGAAGCUCACGCUGCGUUUGGGCUCCAUUCUGGCCAAUGGGAGGGUGCUGUGAGACUCUUGCGUCUGCCACCGUUCGAGUACCGUGGCAGCUCCGUUGACGCCCUUCUGUCCGGACGCAGUCGCUCACGCCGCGAUUUCCCCACUGGCUCUCACCCAUGUUCCUCACGCCGCAUGCCAAUCCGAUCGCUGUCUCUUACCUGCCGUUGACUGCCAAUCUUGUUGUUGAGCUCGUUUGGUCUUUGUACCUUGAGAGAAUGGUAAAGUAUUAUGAUAAUGAUUAGUGUCAUCGUAAUGGCCUGAACACCGUAGUGAAAUGGUGGAAUGGUCUGUGACGCCGGUACAAAAUGAUAAUGGUGUCGCAGUUGUAGGCCAGUUUCCAUAUGGGUUGGCACCGUGUGUGUGUUAGUACGACUGUGUGUGUGUGUUAGUACGACUGUGUGUGUAUUAGUACGACUGUGUGUGUUAGUACGACUCGUGUGCGUGUGUUAGUACGACGUGUGCGUGUGUUAGUACGACUCGUGUGUGUUAGUACCACUUUGUGUGUUUUAGUAUUACUCUGUUAGUACCACUCUGUGUGUGUUAGUACGACUCGUGUGUGUGUGUUAGUACGACUCGUGUGUGUGUGUGAGUACCACUCUGUGUGUGUUAGUACCACUCUGUGUGUAUGUGUUAUUACCACUCUCUGUGUGUAGGUUGGCACCUCGUGUAUAUAUUUAUAUGUUUAGGGUUGGCAUCGAACAUGAGGCUUCAUCCUGCCGAGCCAUGACACCGUCAUGUCGCAUGCUGAGUGAUAGCUGCAUGCUUUUUAAAGUGAUAUGGGCUCCGUAGGUAAUGUGUUACACGCGUGUCCCCGUGUCGUGUUACACGCGUGUUCCCCGUAGCGUUGCGUGUUGCAGUAUUUCUGGCUUGAGGUUGGCUGUCGCCCUGCGUAGCUGCCCAGUCCAGCCCGUUCCACUGAAGCGCGCCGUGGGGCCUGCCUGGUUCUACUCGUCCUACGUUCUAGUUUACAGACACGACCCCCACUUAUGCGGGUGUCGACUCUGUGUGUGCUCACCCGUGCGUUAUUUAUUAUAACUUCUGUAUACUGUAUCGUGUACUGUAUUGUAAUACGCGUGCGUCCAUGCGCGUGUCUGUACGGCCGUUAGAACAACGUCGCUUGCCUCGAGGGGCUACUACCGCGCUGCACGAGUAUCGGAACAAAUCCACCGCGAUAUUCCGCUUGAAUUGAGUGCAAUAAGUGAAGCCAGUGGCACGGCGGGCGGCGUCGUAACACAGAGUUGGCGGACAAGGAAGGCUCAGUAAUCUGGUGUUCACUCCCGACAGUAAUCUGGUGUUCACUCCGACAGUAAUCUGGUGUUCACUCCCGACAGUAAUCUGGUGUUCACUCCGACAGUAAUCUGGUGUUCACUCGACAGUAAUCUGGUGUUCACUCCGACAGUAAUCUGGUGUUCACUCGACAGGAAUCUGGUGUUCAUUCCGACAGUAAUCUGGUGUUCACUCAGACAGUAAUCUGGUGUUCACUCCGACAGUAAUUAGGUGUUCACUCGACAGUAAUCUGGUGUUUACUCCCGACAGUAAUCUGGUGUUUACUCCGACAGUAAUCUGGUGUUUACUCCCGACAGUAAUCUGGUGUUCACUCCGACAGUAAUCUGGUGUUUACUCCCGACAGUAAUAUGGUGUUCACUCAGACAGUAAUCUGGUGUUCACUCCGACAGUAAUUAGGUGUUCACUCGACAGUAAUCUGGUGUUUACUCCCGACAGUAAUCUGGUGUUCACUCCGACAGUAAUCUGGUGUUCACUCCCGACAGUAAUCUGGUGUUCACUCGACAGUAAUCUGGUGUUCACUCCGACAGUAAUCUGGUGUUCACUCGACAGUAAUCUGGUGUUUACUCCCAACAGUAAUCUGGUGUUUACUCCCGACAGUAAUCUGGUGUUUACUCCGACAGUAAUCUGGUGUUCACUCCGACAGUAAUCUGGUGUUCACUCCGACAGUAAUCUGGUGUUCACUCUGACAGUACUCUGGUGUUUACUCCGACAGUAAUCUGGUGUUUACUCCCGACAGUAAUCUGGUGUUCACUCCGACAGUAAUCUGGUGUUUACUCCCGACAGUAAUCUGGUGUUUACUCCGACAGUAAUCUGGUGUUCACUCCGACAGUAAUCUGGUGUUCACUCCGACAGUAAUCUGGUGUUCACUCCGACAGUAAUCUGGUGUUCACUCGACAGUAAUCUGGUGUUCACUCGACAGUAAUCUGGUGUUUAGUCCAGACAGUAAUCUGGUGUUCACUCCGACAGUAAUCUGGUGUUUACUCCCGACAGUAAUCUGGUGUUCACUCCGACAGUAAUCUGGUGUUUACUCCGACAGUAAUCUGGUGUUCACUCCGACAGUAAUCUGGUGUUCACUCCGACAGUAAUCUGGUGUUUACUCCCGACAGUAAUAUGGUGUUCACUCCGACAGUAAUCAGGUGUUCACUCCGACAGUAAUCUGGUGUUCACUCCGACAGUAAUCUGGUGUUCACUCGAAAGUAAUCUGGUCUUCACUCCGACAGUAAUCUGGUGUUCACUCCGACAGUAAUCUGGUGUUCACUCCGACAGUAAUCUGGUGUUUACUCCCGACAGUAAUCUGGUGUUCACUCCGACAGUAAUCUGGUGUUCACUCCGACAGUAAUCUGGUGUUUACUCCGACAGUCAUCUGGUGUUCACUCGACAGUAAUCUGGUGUUUACUCGACAGUAAUCUGGUGUUCACUCCGACAGUAAUCUGGUGUUCACUCCCGACAGUAAUCUGGUGUUUACUCCCGACAGUAAUCUGGUGUUCACUCGACAGUAAUCUGGUGUUUACUCGACAGUAAUCUGGUGUUCACUCCGACAGUAAUCUGGUGUUCACUCUCGACAGUAAUCUGGUGUUUACUCCCGACAGUAAUCUGGUGUUUACUCCCGACAGUAAUCUGGUGUUCACUCCAACAGUAAUCUGGUGUUUACUCCGACAGUAAUCUGGUGUUUACUCCGACAGUAAUCUGGUGUUCACUCUGACAGUAAUCUGGUGUUUACUCCCGACAGUAAUCUGGUGUUCACUCCGACAGUAAUCUGGUGUUCACUCCGACAGUAAUCUGGUGUUCACUCGACAGUAAUCUGGUGUUUACUCCGACAGUAAUCUGGUGUUCACUCUGACAGUAAUCUGCUGUUCACUCGACAGUAAUCUGGUGUUCACUCCCGACAGUAAUCUGGUGUUCACUCGACAGUAAUCUGGUGUUCACUCGACAGUAAUCUGGUGUUUACUCCGACAGUAAUCUGGUGUUCACUCGACAGUAAUCUGGUGUUCACUCCGACAGUAAUCUGGUGUUCACUCGACAGUAAUCUGGUGUUCACUUGACAGUAAUCUGGUGUUUACUCCCGACAGUAAUCUGGUGUUUACUCCGACAGUAAUCUGGUGUUCACUCGACAGUAAUCUGGUGUUCACUCCGACAGUAAUCUGGUGUUCACUCGACAGUAAUCUGGUGUUCACUCGACAGUAAUCUGGUGUUCACUCGACAGUAAUCUGGUGUUUACUCUCGACAGUAAUCUGGUGUUCACUCCGACAGUAAUCUGGUGUUCACUCCGACAGUAAUCUGGUGUUCAGUCCGACGAGGCUGAAAUUCAUCCUUCGGCUGAUGAUGGCGCCUGGCUGCCUGCCCCGGCCACGUGCAGUGUUUGCCAUUUCUGAUGCUUGCUAUCGAUGGGGACGAUCCCUGUCCUGCAGGACUCCGUUCAAACACGAUCGGCCCAUUGCGAUUAAACUUCCUAUCUUUAAAGGGGGCAGUCCUUGGCAAAUCAGAGUUAACUUCGGACCUCCCCAUUUCACCCAGACCCCUCUGCUGCUCCCGAUGGGGUUCUCUGCUGUGCCACUGGCUGUGUUGGGGGGGGGGGGCGAUGCACUGAAAUGUGGCGUGCUGAAGAGCGCCACGCACGACGAAGCGGCUCAAAUUUUUCGACGUUCAUUCAAACUGUGGUCGAGGCCAUGGAAGUCGUGGCUGAUGUCCCUCAAAAGCAUUCCCAGGGAUUGUGGGGAAUCCGUAUCACGUGGUAAGUUACGCGCGGUGCUCGACACCUACUCCCUUGCGAGCAGAAAUAAACACUGUCCCUUUACAUUUUCACGCAUGCACAGUCCCUGAGUGUGACUCCAUGUGGUGUCCCCUUGGUGACUUUGUGGUGAGGGUGCACGCCCCCGCCCAGUCACCCACGUUGUUUGGCCCGCAUUGCCCUGGGGGCAGGGGGGGGGUCCGGCCGCUUGCCUCGGAGGCGCCACGAGCACCCCAAGGGUGCUGUUCCUGCCGCAGUGGCGGACAGCGUUAGACGUAGACUGACCGUGUCGUGUGUGUGCGUCGUGUGUCACGCUCGUUCGCUUACUACCCAGCCCGGAAACCCGAAGGGAAGCGCCUUGCCCCGCGCUGUUAGUCGGUGUCCCCCGUGGGUUCGUGUCCCGUGGCCGUCUCGAUGGGGGCUGCGCCCGCGUGCGUUUGUGUGCCCAGUGAGUAGCGCGUGGUUCCAGUCGCUGAAAUAAUAAAAUAAAAAAGCCUCAAUGUUUCAUCAACUCGU